AUGUAUCUAAUUGGACCUAAGCUUCCACAAGCCGUGGCUGAAAGUUCAGAAUGCAAUUAUGUUUUAGACGUUCUUGGCCUCCAUGGGAGAUACCUCAACGACGUGAAUGGCUACCAGAGGGAGAAAGAACAAGGGAAACUGGUGAACUCAGUAGGGUUGAGGUUGAUUAGUGGGAGUGAAGAAGAAGAAGAAGAGAUGAAGAAGAAGAUAAAGAAGAAGGGUGAAGAGAAAAGGAAAGAGCUUCUGAGAUUAAUGGUGAAGAAAGGAGGAAUCAUAGCAUCCACUGACGUGAGAGAGGUGUUUUGGAAAAUGUGCAGAACUCUUGAGGUGAUUUAUGGGAAGGAUGAUAUAAUUUAUUCAACAGAAGUGCCUGAUGAGGUGCGAAACAUCGAAGAUAUUGUACUUACAAAUCCCAUCGUUUUGGGUUGUUAAUUGUGGGCUGGGCUCAC